UUCGUUCACUUCGUUGAUACCCACGGGCCACACGCCACACCUUUGCUUGUUGGUGGUAGGCUACUCAGCCUCAGAAGUUAGUUGCAGUGGUAUCGAGUUGCAGUGGUUUUCUCCCUGAACAAUCCACACUAUGAGUGAGCCAGAAAAUGUAGAGAUGUCUGAUAUGGAGGAUGAGCAGGAUGAAGCUGAUGAGGACCUGAUUACAGAUGAGGAAGAAGAUCAAGAGGCUACUGGUGACCGAGUUGAUGUUCAAGAGCUGGUAUCAGAUGGAGAAGAAGAAGCUGAGCUUGAAUGUGAUUUAUCUGCAUAUGAGCUCUUUCAUGAAGGAAAUGCUGGGGCUCCAUGUCUGAGCUUUGAUAUCUUACGAGACAACUUGGGCAGCAACCGAACUGUUAAUAAUCCCCAAUCCAUCACCAUAGUCACUGGCACUCAGAGCGGGGUGGCCAAUUCCAAUGCCAUUAUUUUACUUCAGAUGAACAAUCUUACUAAAGUCGCCAAUCCAGAUAACAGUGACGAUGAUGAAGAUGACAUCAAGGACUCUGAUGUUGCCAAUGUUCUGUCACUGAGCAAUGUUCAUCCUGGUGUGGUGAACCGAGUGCGGGCAACAGAAGUUAACAACAAUCAAUUUGCAGCCACUUGGUCGGAGCUAGGCGAAGUUCAUUUAUGGGCCCUGCAGCCCAUGCAGUCGGAGCUUAGCGCUGGCACCUCAAAAACUUCACAUCACAAGCCCAUCUUCACCUACAGUGGCCACUCAACUGAGGGAUUUGCCAUGGAUUGGUCAACCUCUAUGCCUGGAACGUUAGCUACUGGUGACAAUGCCAGCACAAUCAGAGUGUGGCGACCACGAGGCGACGGUGCUUCGUGGGUAGUGGAUGUUUCACCAUACAAGGCACACACUGGCUCCGUUGAAGACAUCCAGUGGUCACCUAACGAACAACACGUGUUUGCUUCCUGCUCUUCUGAUAAAAGUAUUCGCAUUUGGGACUGUCGAGCGCGGCCUGAGAAGGCUUGCAUGCUUAACUGUCUGGAGGCUCACAAUGACGACGUCAACGUCAUUCACUGGAACAGACACGACCCAUUCAUCGUCUCUGGUGGCGACGAAGGCGCAGUCAAGAUUUGGGACCUCAGGAACUUCAAGACUGGCAGCAACGUCGCGGAGCUGCUCUACCACACUGGUGCCAUCACGACCGUCGAGUGGCACUCCUCCGAGAGCAGCACGCUGGCCACGGCCGGCGCUGACGACCAGCUCCUGCAGUGGGACCUGUCGAUCGAAGCGGACCAGCAGGACGCGCAGCAGGAUAUACCACAGCAGCUGCUCUUUGUGCACAAGGGACAAAAGGAAAUCAAAGAACUGCAUUGGCAUCCGCAAAUUCCUGGCUUGGUCAUCAGCACCGCACUGUCGGGCUUCAACAUCUUCAAAACUAUCAGUGUGUGAAUAAAGAAAUCUCGGAAUC